GUGCGAGCGCGGCCGCCGAGCCCCGCACCGGGCACCGCACCCGGGCACCGCACCCGGGCACCGCACCCGGGCACCCCCGCCCCGCGGCCGGCCCGGCCCCGCGCCCCCCGCCCGGCCAUGGAGCGGCCCCGCAGCGGCACCGCCUGAGCGCCGCCGGGGCCCCAGCGCAGGGCGGGCAGCGGGCGGGGGCUGCCGAGCCCCGCCGCCGGAGCCACGGCAGCGCCGCAGCCCGCGGAGGGCUCCGCCGAGCCGCUCUCCGUUUGUUUUGCCUCCCCUCUUUCUUUUUUGUCUGGGGUUGCUUUUUGAUUUUUUUUUUUCCUCAAUUUUUUGCUCUCCUUUUUUUAAAUUUUUUUUUUUUUUUUUUUUUUUUAAAUCGCGUUUUCCACCCCCCCCACCCCCCCGCCCUCCUUCCUUCUCGCCCUUCCCUCGUCACUCGCCCGGGCUCUGCGGAAGGAAGCGCCCGCGCUGCCCCGCGGCCGGAGCGCCCCGCGGAUGUGCGGAGCUCCCCUCGGAGCCCCCCUGCCCUCCCGCCACCUCUUUGUCCUCCUCACCUACGAUCUUUUUUUUUAGUAUUUUUUUUUUAAAUUUUUUUUUUUUUCAAGCAGACCUGAGCAUCACCGGGGGCUGGGAGGGUGGGGGGCCCCGCGGCGCUGCCAGACCGACCCCUGCCCAUCGCUCUUAAGGAACUCUCAUGGCUUCACGGCUGCAGACAAGUUGCCGUGCAUCGUGCUGGACUAUCGGAGUUUGCAUCCUGGCAGCCGCGCUCCUACCAGGGCUGCAGGCUCAGACUGUCUUGGUCAAUGACUCGGUGUCGGGGUUCAUCGGCACGGACGUGGUGCUGCACUGCAGCUUCACCAACCCGCUGCCCAACGUGAAGAUCACGCAGGUGACGUGGCAGAAAGCCACCAACGGCACCAAGCAGAAUGUGGCCAUCUACAACCCCGCCAUGGGCGUGUCCAUCCUGUCCCCCUACAAGGAGAGGGUGAUUUUCCGGAACCCUUCCUUCAAGGACGGCACCAUCCAGCUGUCCCGGCUGGAGCUGGAGGAUGAGGGCGUUUACAUCUGUGAGUUUGCCACUUUCCCAACCGGCAACCGGGAAGGGCAGCUCAACCUCACCGUGCUGGCCAAGCCCACGAACUGGAUGGAGGGCACCAAGAGGCCGCUCAUCGCCAAGUCCGGCAGGACAGAGAAGAUCCUGGUGGCCACCUGCACCUCCUCCAACGGGAAACCGCCCAGCAGCGUCAGCUGGGACACCAAGCUGAAGGGGGAGGCGGAGUUCCAGGAGAUCCGGCACAGCAACGGCACGGUGACGGUGAUCAGCCGCUACCGGCUGGUGCCCAGCCGCGAGGCGCACCGCCAGCCGCUCGCCUGCGUGGUCAACUACCAGCUGGAGAGGUUCAGCGACAGCAUCACCCUCAACGUGCAGUAUGAGCCCGAAGUCACCAUCGAGGGCUUUGAUGGCAACUGGUACCUGAACCGCAAGGAUGUGAAGCUGAUCUGCAAGUCUGAUGCCAACCCCCCAGCUCACACCUACGAGUGGAAGCUGCCAAACGGGACCCUGCCAGGGAGUGUGGAGAUCCAGAACAACACCAUCUACUUCAGAGGGCCCGUGUCCUACAGCGUGGCUGGCACCUACGUCUGCGAGGCCACCAACGCCAUCGGGACACGCUCGGGCCUGGUGGAGGUCAAUGUCACAGAAUUUCCCUACACCCCGUCUCCAAUCGAUGAUCACAAAUCCAUGGUGCAGCCGAACAUCCCCACACCGGUGAUUGGGGGCGUAGUGGGAGGCGUCUCGCUGGUGCUGCUGGUGGCCGUGGUGCUGUUUGUGGUGCUCCGGCGCCGGCGGCACACCUUCAAGGGCGACUACAGCACCAAGAAGCACGUGUACGGCAACGGCUACAGCAAGGCCGGCAUCCCCCAGCACCACCCCCCCAUGGCCCAGAACCUGCAGUACCCCGACGACUCGGACGACGAGAAGAAGCCGGGCCCCUUGGGCGGCAGCACCUACGAGGACGAGGACGAGGAGGCGGGCGGCGAGCGCAAGCUGGGCGGCCCCAAGGCCUACGAGGAGGACGCCAAGAGGCCGUACUUCACCGUGGACGAGGCCGAGGCCCGCCCCGAGCCCUACGACGAGAGGACACUCGGCUUCCAGUACGACCCCGAGCAGCUCGACCUGGCCGACAACAUGGUGUCGCAGAACGACGGCUCUUUCAUUUCCAAAAAGGAGUGGUACGUGUAGCUCCACGCCCCGCCACGCUCACACAAAACGCUCCCCCACGCGCCCACGAGCGACGCCCUCCCUGCCCUGCACCCCUCCCUGCACUGACUUUUUGGAUGCUCCCGGCAGCGGCCAGCGGGGAGGGAGGGCAGCUUUGCUUAAUGAUCUUUUUUUUUUUUUGGGGGGGUGUGGGGGGAAAGUGUGGGAGGGUGGGAGGUCGGGUAAUUAUUUUCUCUCGGUUUCGGUUUGGCUCUUUGGUUUCUCUCUUCGACGACUUUCGUCCCCUUCUGUGGUGUUUGUAUUGGUCGGUGGCUUAGGUGUUACUCUUUGCUUUAACGACUGUUGCCCAGCCUGUAUAUUACACUCUGUUUGUGUCUUCAUGUCUCAGAGUGCCCUUCCCUCCUCCCACCCCCCUGAAACACUGGAAAUUCGUUUGUAUGUUGUCUUCUUUGUUUGUUUUUUAACCUUGGGAGGGGGGCAGGUGGGAGGCCAGGAGAGUUUUAUGGCAAUGGAAACAUAAGGUGCCAUUAUCAGGUGAAAUGGAUUUUGGGGUUUUUUUUCCCCCUAAUUGUUUUUUUUUAUUAUUAUUAUUUUUUUGGUGGGGUCUGGGUGACAUUCCCAUUGCCUGCUGCACACCUGGAGAGAACCACACCCCGUUUUUAAUGACUCAAUAAAAGGAAAAUGAGGAGAAAGGGGGGAAAAAAAACCCCUAGACCAAACCCCAGGUGCAGGGGCUGAUAGCAGAGCAGGGAAACAAAACUGCCAUUUUCCUCCUACAAUUUAUUAUUGCCUGGCUUUUCAUUUUUCUGUCUUUGUUUGAGUGUUCUUUUACAAGAAAAGAAAAGGAGUAUUUAUUGCUGACACUUUUCCCCCCAUGAUGGCUCAGAGAAAGGCUGGCUCUUUUUGUUCUUGUUGCUGUUGUUGUCACUGGUACCAGCCACAGAGUUCACUGGGGCACAUCCACUGGGGAAGGGACCAACUGAGGACACUUUGCUUCCACACAUUCACUGCCUUCAGCUCUGCUCUGCACACCCAGGCAGGGCAGGGCCAGCCCCUGAGUUUUAUUUUAUUAUACCACUAAGACUUAAUUGUCAUGUGUUUACACUUUAUUUUUUAUUUUGGUCAGAGCACGGGGGUGCUUCUCUCUCUCUCUUUCUCUCUCUCUCCCAGCAACAACCCCAGCCCGUGGCUGGCAUUGAUUGCCACUUUUCCAAUAUCACAUCCCUCUCCUGAGCACAGGCCUGGCAGACAGGGUAGGAGGGGUUGAGCCUGGGGUAUUGAUCUCACCCUCCUCGCCUUGAGCUGUUGUGCUGGGGAGGUUUGCAUUGCUGCUAUCUCUGCUCUGUGAAUAAAUGGCAUUCCAGACUUCAGGGCCCUCUGUCUCACACCGACCAUCUCCAAAUUAGAUUCACUGGGUUGGGGCUUAUUUUUCUUCUUGUGGGUUAUAUUAUUUUUUUUUUUUUUUUUAAUUUGAUGUAUAAAUAAAUCUUUUGUUUGAAAAGAAAUCCCCAGUUUUCUGAGCUGUAUUAUCAUGCACAUCUAAAAAUAGCAGGACUAAUUCUCCUCCUGCCUUACCCGCUGGGUUUUGUUCCACAGCGGUUAUCCUGCUGCAGAAAGGGAGGAGGGUGGAGAGGCAGAGCCACACAGAUGAGUCAAGGUCAGAUCUCUGGUCCAGGCAGCCUCCAAAGCUUUCCUUUCCUGUGAGGUGCUCGCUGCAGACCACAGGGAGCUCAGCCUGAGCCACCCCAGUGCUCUGAUUGCAUUAGUGGGGUAGGGCAGUGGGCAAUCCAAUUGUAGGGCUGUAAUCUCCCUGCUGUUCCUGCCGGCCCCUCAGGCUUCCUGGCUUCUGGCAUGACAGCCACAUGCCACAGGAAGGACACUCUGUGUCCUCCCAGAGCCAGGGCAGGCAGAGGUUCCCUCGGGAUCCCUCAGCCUGAGCCAGGUCUGUCCGUGCCACCAGCAGCACCCUGCUAGCAAGAAGGCCCCCAAUAAAGGAAAUAAAAGCUUUUAGCAUCUCUCCAAAUCUCUGAUUACUGAUGAUUAGGGGUGGGAAUGGCUUCCCUCCAGUGCCUUGGCAGAGCAGCACACACAGGGCUUUGAUUGCCCCAAAGGGAGAGCCUGGAAUCUGCAUCAGUGCAGGGAGAAUUCCCAACAAAUUCCAUCUCCCCUGUGAGCAAUCCUUUAGAUCUGAAUGCCACAGCCAGGCUCAGAACUGGAUGGUGACAGUGCCCCCAACACCAAGCUCUGGGCACUGGCCCUGCCCUGCAGAUUUCCCCCAGCACAGGAGGUGCCUUUGGAAGAAAACAAUCUUUAAUAAAAUCUGCAGGGCCCAGCAGUGAUUCCUCACAUUCAGGCAGAGGCCUCAGGUCUGGCAAAUUCCCACCACACUGACCCCACAGCUCUGUGUCCUAAAGAACAAAAGUGCAAAGCCUGGCAAUUGGGGCAGAGGGUUUGGGAGAAAUCAGGGCUGGAUGGGUAUUCCCAAAUUCAGGGGUGACCAAAGCAACCCUAACAAAUCUGCUUUGGGAAUUAUUAGUUUGCCUUUGAAGGUGUCAUUUUUGGAGCUGUAGCUUCCUUGGUUUAUUUAUUGCCCAUUCACACACUCAAAAACCCAGUGGGACCCAGGGAGAGGAGAGGAGAGAGUGGAGCAAUGUGGAAUUCCCAGUUCCUGUACACAAUUCCCUUCCUGCCCUUUUUGCUCCAGCCCUAAUGCAGGACUUAGCUCAGCCACUUACCUCCUCAGAGUGGUUCAGAAAAGGGGUCAAAUGAUCAUUUUUCAUCCAGAACCUGGAGUGGAAGAUCCUUAGACAGGGCUGCCUGGCACAGCAGAGAGGCACCCUGCGAGUUCAAGGUUCAGUGCUGCUUUUCUCACCCUUGAGCUCUUCAGCAUUGCUCCCCUGGUGCAAAUAUCACCACAGCCACGGAGAAAUGCCCCCUCUGUGCUGUCAUUUGCUUCUUGCUGUCCCUUGCAAGGUCAGCUAGAUGGCCAAGAGACUCUUGGGGUGGUAAUUAGCCAAGUGAUUAGCCAUUAAUCCUUAGCAAGGUGGAAGAAAAAAGAAGUGUGGGGGAAGAAAAUCAGAUUGAUGCUUCAUCUGAGAGCUGUUUUGGUCCAGUAAUAGCAUCACUGCCUUCUCUGGGUUGAAUUGCUCUGAGGGGGCCCUUGAAGGGAAUUAGAUGAGUUUUUCCAACAUCAUCAAGCAGAAAGUGAUACCUGCUCCUGGCUGAGUGCAGGGCUGAGCUCAGGAGAGAGGCCAAAGUGAAGAGCCACGAGCAUCCUGCUCCCGGGGGAUCCUGCAGGGAGGGAACGUGCUGGGGUUGUGCAGCAGGGCCAGCUGGGCUGUUCGUGGCUCUGGAGAUGGUGUCACUGUCCCUUUGUGCCCAGUUUCCCGCAGUGGGCAGGUUCUGUCAGGCUGGAGUGCCACACGUGGGCUCAGGGCUGGGUCACCUCUCCGGGACCCUCGGGCUGCCUCCAGGGAAAAAUCCCCUUCCUCUCCACCCCCCUUUCAUCAGAGGUGCUAAGGGGGUGGGAAAUGCCCCUGUGGGACCGAGUGGGAUUUUCCAGUUGGGACAGGGAAGCUGCUCCUGGUCCUUGUCCCCUCCACACGGUGCUAGGGAGCUGCUGCUCUCCAGGAAAUGCCCCAUUUCACACCAGUCCCGAACUGGUGUGGCCCCCCCGGCCGUGCCUGGGGUGUGUUUCUGCCCGGGGGAUGCUUCACCCUGCUCGGGGCUGGGUGUCAGUGCCUCAUCCAUCACCUCCCUGCGCAGGGAUCCUGCUCCAGGAGGGAAAAGCCACAGCAGCCUGGUGCUUCUCCCUUUUGCAAUCCCUCAUCCUGGAUGGCAAAGCUUCUGAUACCUCAGGGUGGGUGGGGAAAACUGAGCAGGCAGAGAGAGAAAUCAGGGGCCCAAAAUUCAGGUGAAUCUGGGCCAAUCCCCUAUUUCCUUCCCAGUGUGGAUUCAGGGAGCUGUACAAGCAAACAGGUCUGUGCCAUAACCCUCAACCAGCCUGUGCUUUAUGUACAAAGGCACCCCAGCUGUUUCCCUGCUGGGGCUUUUCUCUAGGAUUAUUCACUGCAAUUCACCCUAGUGAUGUUAUUUUCCCUUAUUUAAUUACCAGGUUUGUUGGUUUGUUUUUUUUUUUUUUUUUUUCCCCUGUUAAAUCAUUUUCAUUCAAGCAGGGAUUAAAAAAAAAAAAAGAAAAAAUCAACCUGAAGAUUUCCUCAUGAAAUAAAUCAACGAACUGAGCUGGUUGCACCAAAUUGAUUGCAAAGACAAGAGGGACAAAGGGAGCCAUUUUCCUGAUGUGGAGUCAAAAAGAAACACAACAACAGUUCAGCAAAAAUCAGGGAGGGUUAGGGAGAGAGAGAUUCCAAAGAUUGAUCUCCAGGCAAUUAGGGGAGGGGUGUGAUUGCUGCUCUGCUCGGCUCUUUCCCUUUGCACAAGCACUCACAGCACACGCAGAUUUUGGGUGUGGGUACCUGAUGGGAUGGAGGGGAAGCCCCACUGCCCUCAGAUGUGUCCUCCUGCAGGCUCUGAGGUUUGCCAGUGUGGAAAUGGGGGGAUCCCAGGUUGCCAGAGGGUUAAAAUCCACUUUUAAGUUUCCUUGCCCCUCCGCUGUUGCAGCUGAAGUUUUGGGUGUGUGGCAGGGGACACUGCCAGCACCUGCCUGCUCUUCACUGAUGGGUGUGAACCAGCACCUCACCCUCCCCACCCUGCCCUCCUUCCAUCCCCACGGAAAUCUGCUGCAAUUCCAGCUGUUCCUUGGGAAUCCCUGGGUCCUUCCCAUCCCUCCCAAGUUCACCCCAGAGUGGGACCCAGGGCAGGGGGGGCUCAGCCCCCCAAGCCAAGGCUCAGAGCUUGGAUUUGGGGCCAGGGGGAUUUUCCAGGUGUGAUUCCCUGGGGUGAAUGUAAGGAGCACAUGGAGUCAGAUCCUCCACUGGCAGACACUGCUGGUGCUGGAGGAUCUGGAUUUUCUUUUCUUUGGCCUUUCUCUUUGUUUAAAAAAAAACAUGAUUCCUCAGCUCCAGUGAUUUUAUCUCUCUUUUUCUUCAUCCUCUGGCUGUAAUGAUCAUUGUGGAGUUAAAACUGCAGACAGACAAACAAACAACCCCAACCCCACUUUUUUUCUUUUAUUUCUUUUUUUUUUUAAUUUUGUAAUCUGUGUUGUAAGUGCUUUUGUAAAAAAUAAAAAAUAAAAAUAAUAAUUAUAAUGUAAUGAACUUUUAUGAUUUUGGUUUGGUUUUUUUCCUGUUUUGUUUUUGGUUUUUUGGGUUUUUUUUUUUUUGUUUUGUUUUGUUUUGUUUUGUUUUUCAUCCUUUGUAAUUUGUUCAUUUUGAGUCCUGGGGUGGGUGGGGGGGGACUAUUUUCAUGGUUAUAAUUUGUGUGGGUGGGGUGUUGCAUCACCCUUCCUUUUACUUGUAUAAAAAAUCCAAUAGUGGCUGAGCUGUGGAAAAAAAAAAAAUGUACUUUUUUAUAAAUAAAGAAUUUUAAAAGAA